CCGCGGCUGCUCCUCGUCUCCGCCGCCAUGUUGAUGCUGGGCCGUGGGCUGGAUCCCAGGGACAAUCAGACUAAACAAAUACGAGAAGCUGUGUCAAAUGUGGAAAAGCACUUUGGUGAAUUGUGCCAAAUAUUUGCAGCAUAUGUACGAAAAACUGCCAGACUACGAGACAAAGCUGAUCUUCUAGUAAAUGAAAUACAUGCCUAUGCAGCUACAGAAACACCAAAUUUAAGGCUUGGAUUGAAAAAUUUUGCAGAUGAAUUUUCCAAACUUCAGGAUUAUCGCCAGGCAGAGGUGGAAAGACUUGAAGCCAAAGUAGUUGAACCUCUGAAAUGUUAUGGAACCAUCAUAAAACUUAAGAGAGAGGAUCUCAAAAUAACUUUAACAGCAAAGAACCGAGAAGCAAAACAGUUGUCUCAGCUUGAAAGGACACGCCAACGAAAUCCAUCUGAUCGGCACAUUAUUGCUGAAAGUGAAUUACAAAGAGCUUCACUGGAUGCUAGUCGAACAAGUCGACAGUUGCAGGAAACCAUCGACAACUUUGAAAAACAAAAAAUAAAAGAUAUAAAGGACAUAUUUUCAGAAUUUAUAACAAUUGAAAUGUUAUUCCAUGGAAAAGCCUUAGAGGUUUACACUGCUGCCUUCCAAAAUAUACAAAAUAUUGAUGAGAAUGAAGACUUAGAGGUGUUCCGGAGUUCACUUUAUCCACAAGAUCAUCAGUCUCGUUUGGACAUUGUUCGUGCAAAUUCAAAAUCUCCCCUCCAGAGAACUGGCUCAUCCAAAUCUUGUGCUGGAAUAGUUCAGCACAUUUCCAGGAAUCUGUUGAAAGACGAGGAGGAGGAAGAGGAUGAUGAAGAGGAUGAAGAUGAAGAUGAGGAAUUUGAAACCACCAAGGAAGAAAGAUAGCUUUUGAGGCUAGAAAAUGUUUUCCCCAAAUUAAAAUGUUUUUCAUUGCAUUGAUUCUUGACAUUAAAGUAAGACGUCAUUAAGACCACCCAUUAAAAUUACAGUAAAAGACUAUUUAGCCAUUUAAUGCAAAAAGGCAUUUAUUAUCUCACCACUUUAUGUUCUCUUAAUGGUGUGAAAUUUAAAGGUCUACUGAAAAUGGAUUAUUUCAGGAGACACAAAAUGGAAGUUGUGCCAGUUAGUUUAGUUCUGUAUAAAUAUGUGAGGAGAUUCAGUAAGUUUCAUCUUUUGGAAGGGUUAUAUCCAUUUCAGAAUACAUGCUAUUCUUUUCAUAGAAUGUCUUCAUAGAAAAGAUGUAUUUGCAACCAUAAGGGGACCAAGUCUCUGGUUUAAGUAAAUAGUGUAAGCCUCCAGAGCCUAGUAACCAAAUUCAUCUUCGUUCUCACAAGCUGUACAGAUUGAUUAUGGAAGCAAUUUUGCAGUUGGUGAAAAUAUCAACCCUACUUUGAUCAGUACAUAAGUUUAUAAUCCUAAAAAGCAGGGUAUUGGAAAGAUAUUAGUCAUAGAUCAUUCCCAACCUCAUUCUCCAACAUGUCAUAUACCCAAGGGUGCUAAUGGAGGCUAGCAUGCUCUUUCUGGUGGUCUUUUGUAAUACCUGCUUCUCAAUCUUUUAACUUAGUUGAAUCUGCAUCACAUUUAUUUGAAACAGACAAUACAAUUACUAAUCUGUUCUCCAAUCAGCUUCAAUAUACUAGUUGAAAGUGCCUUCAGCAUUGCAAGACUUCUAAUACACUUAGUUUUUAUUUUAUUUGUAAUUCAGAUAUGGGCACAGUAUUAAAGACAGCGAGAUUCAUGUUGGUGUAUUUUCCUUGUAAUAUCAAUUUCAGCAUUAACUUUGUAUUAUCAGUAUUAUACAGACCAGUAUUUCUGCAUAAAUUUCCGUUUAGCCUGAGGCUUUUAAGCCACUUAGAAAUAAUAAUAAAUUAUCUUACAUUAAUAA